ACUGACGAUUUUUGUUUUUCAAGUUACCAAAGUAACUGAAACUGCAUAUUUUCAAUUAUUAUAAAUGAUUUAAUUAUUAUCAUUCAACGAUUUCCACAGGAAAAAAUUAACUUCUCAUGAAAUAUCUCUUCUGCUAUCAUUUUUUUCAUACUUUUAUCAAAAAAUUAUGUUGGUCACUCUGUAAUUCCUUCCAAGCCUGUUUAGAGAAUGAAGCGCCAUUUUACUAACCUUUUCAGAGGAGGAAUGUUAUAUUUUCAAACAGAAUAUGUUGAUAAUGCUAUAUAGAUGUGUCACAAACGAUAUCUGUAAUUAUUAUAAGAAAAAGUUCGAAAUAAAUUGAAAUCGGUAUGGAAGAUGGUUUACAGAGGGAAAUCAAGACUUCACCCAUUCUAGAUCAUAUUAAUAAUGGAGUAACUUCUUCAGAUAUGGCAAACUUCCCUGAAGGGAUAGUUGCUAGCACUGACAAAGAGGCAAAUCAAUUUGAUAAUGCAGGUCCAAAAUUUAAUGGAAGUGUGCAUUCAUCUGAUGAAGCUGAUAAUGAUUCUGAUGCAGAUGCCUUAGUUAUAGAUGAAAGUGUACCUAAACGUAGAGUUAAAAAACGUAAAUUGAGUAACAGAUCAAGGAAUAGUGGUGAUAAUUGUGAGGAAAGUGAUGUGGUUCUACAUUCUAACCCAUAUUUCAAUGAAUCCUUGUUUGAAUUAUCCCAACUACAUCACCCACAUGCUGAAAAUGAGGCUGCUAAUAGAUCUGAUAAAUCUAAGACACAUGGACGAGUGAAUAAAUCAAAACGAAUCAAAUUGAAAAACAGUCCCAAGCUGCAAGAAUAUGCUCAAUACUUGGGUUUGCAACCUGCUGUGCAAUUCAAAUGUUCAAAGUGCAGACAAUCUGGUUUUGAUACAUUAUUAAGCUUAAAUGACCACCUUGUAAACUGUACAGCUGAUCCAAGUGCUGUUACAGAAGUUGAAGAUAAUUCUAUUUCUAGUUUCAAAUUGACAAGAAAAGUGUUUUUAUGUUCAGCAUGCGGCACAUAUUACGAAAAUUGGAAUUUGUAUAUGCAUAUGUUGGAGUAUCAUAGGAGAUUCAUUUGUUUGUAUUGUCUUGGAAUGUUCUCAGUUCUGGAUGAUCUGUGUCAACAUAUACAAUCAAGGCAUAAUUGGGAACCCCACCAUUUAGAAACCCCAGCUGAUUUCUUCAAGGAUUAUAAAGAACCUUGUUUUAUAAUUUGCUGCGAGUGUAAAAAAUUAUUCAAUGAACAGGACAACUUUUUUUAUCAUGAGUGCUUACCGUGCGAUAACUCUCGUUCUAAGAACGCGUUGACUAAAAGUGCAAAAAAUAAGUGUAAUACAAAACAACAAAUUAGACCUGAAAAUCAUGUUACCGGCGAUUCGCUUGCAGAUAAUUUGGGUGAAUUGAAAUCUAUAGCAUUCGAGAAUUACAGUGAUGAACCAGUGAAUACUCCGAAUGACGAGAUGGUUAGGAGUGAAGUGAAUGGUGCAGAAACUUCGGAGGUUCUUCCUGAAGUUCUAGACUUCAACCAGAGAACAACAGGAACAGAAUUAAUUAGACCUGAAAUAGCGAAUCAAAAUAAUGAAGAUGAUCAUUCUUCUGCAAAUAAUGAGCAACCUGGAAAACAAGAGAGUGACUUGGAAGAAUCCUUCUCCAUAGAAACCAAUGGAAAACUAGCAUCUUCUAAUUUGACAGCUGACAAUAGUAAUGAUGAAAUGAAAAUUGAUGAAAGUUCCGAUAAAGAUAAUGUGAAUUCUUCAAUCUACUCGGAAAAACAGAUUUAUGAUCAAUCUUCUAGAGACAGUGAUUUGAAAUCGAAUGAAGAGCAGAACUCGGACAUGGAUGAGACAAGCAAUUUGAAAACUGAUAUUUCGAACACAGAACAAAUAGGUGAUUCGUUAGAAACUAGAAAAGUACCUAAACUAUCUUUGAAACUGUCAAAAUUAGACACUUACUCAAAAGUCGAACCUGAAGAAAGUGAUGAUAGCGAAAGGCUGGGUUUGGAAGUCGAUCAGAUUGAAAGUGAAAACGAAUAUUUAAAUGUCAGCGAGGAUAAAAUUGAAAAUACAACCAAUGAGAGUGAUAUCCAAGUAGCGGGAGCUGAUGUGAGUAUUGUCGAAUUAGAACUUGAACAACCAUUGGAUAAGUUUGACAUAAAAGUCCUACUGCAAAAAUGCCUACUUGCCACCGUGCCGACGUGCGUCUAUUGUAAUCAUGCCAGAAAAAUAGCAGUCAAUGGUAAGCAAUUGGGUCUUCAUGCAAUAGCGGAACAUAGAUAUUCUGCUAUUGUGAAAAGCAUUACCGAAGAGGAAUUGAUUCCGGAGAGUUUUGUUAACAGGAUCAAGGAAUCGCUGGAAGAUCUGAGUAAAGACUAUUUCAAUUUGGAAAGUAAUCUUACUGAAGAAGCUGUGACAUUUUCACAUGUCUUUGAAUGUUUUCAGUGUAGAUACUCAACAAACGUGCACAAGGAACUAUACUUACAUAACAGGAAAAUGCACACGAAGAACUUAUUGUUGUGUAUAAUGUGCAAAUCAAAUUUUUACAGCUACAGCGAGCUAAUAUGUCAUCUGUGUCCAGGAGAUUACGUCUUAGAUCACGAUAUCCAGUAUCGAUGUUGUAUGUGCGUUAGCGACGAUCUACCAUCGGCUUUUCGGCUUAUGGUGCACCUGAGAAAACGACAUCACGUGUGUGAUGUAUGUUUGGAAAUGUGCCACAAUCAAUAUAAGCUGUCGAAUCACGUCUGGAAGCAUAAACUUCAUCACUUUUGUUAUCGCUGCGGGAUCGCGUAUCGGAACAAACAGGACAUAACCAGACAUCUGUUCUGGAAACACGGUACAGAGAGCGUGCUUUGCAAGAAAUGCCUGCAGAAGAAAUGGCCCCAUGUCUUUCAUUUUUGCAUACCGCCGGCGGUGUUCACCUGUGAAGAAUGCGGCCUGAAUCUGACCAAAGCCGUUUAUCUGAAGGUCCACAAGAGGAUACACGUGAACGAGAAACCUCAUGCGUGCACGUUCGAAAGAUGCGAAGAGACUUUUAUAUCGAAAAAAUUGAUGCAGAAACACGAACGGCAGCACUUGGAACCGUCGAUGGACGAGAAAAGCGAAGAGAAGGAAGCGGAAGUCGAAGAGGAUCAACUCGCUAACGGCGAAAAGGACACCGUCGAUGUGGUAUCGGAAGAAAAGCCGACGGAGAAACCCAAGCCGAAAGUCGACGUGUACGAUCUACCGGAAUUGAAUUUAUCGGAGAGCAGCGACAGCGAGCCCGAAAGCGAGCCGCAACCUAAACAAGAGGAGAUUAAGAAGACGGAGGAAGAGAAGAUUAUAGAAACGUUAGAGGAAAGAACCCUAGAGGUUGAACAGGAAUUGGCCAAUAGCAUCACAGUCUCCCUGGAGGAGCAGACGAAACAGCCGGAACAGAACGCGGAAUCUGCCAUACCGAUCUUAGAAAGCAUCUGGGACGAUUUCAAGAUCUACCAGGCGAAAAGGGAAAAAAUCGAUAAUUUAUUUGGCGAAUCGGAGAAACCCGAUUCCGAUAAAACCGAUCCUAAGCCAGAACUCCAAGUCGAAACAGAGUUAACUCUGGAGAUGGCGCUACAAGAUCACGACUAUUUUUACAAUCCCGAAACCAGUCAAGAUUCCAACGUCAUCAUCGAGAUGGAACCGGACCUGUCGCAGCGCGUUGAUCACGACUACUGUACGCCUAAAGAAACCACCGAAACUACGGAAAAAGAGAACAAAGAACAAGUCCCGACCGCCAAUUCUAAGAAGGCAGAAAAUUCGGACGAUUCGAGCAGUGAUACCGAUUCGUCGAGCUGUUCCUGUGGCUCGAACUGUUCCUGUUCGACCGAUUCCAGUUCGAGUUCGAGCUCCGAUAGUUCCGAUUCCGACAGUUCCACUGAAGAGGGAAGGAAGAGACAGCAGACCCGACGUGAGAAUAAAAAUAAUGCGAGCGUCAAGAGCGAGCAGAAGGAACCAGAACCGGUCAAAACCGAAACCGUCGAGAAUAAGACAUUUUCGGAUAUUCCAAUCUUGGAGACCGAUCUGGACACCACCGAAAGCGAAACAGACGAGGAGUUUUACGAUAAACAACCGCAAAAAUUCGCCAGAAAGUUACUGGAGGAGAAGAGGAAUCAGAUAUUGGCCGAGGUCGGUUCACUACCCAAUGGUAAUUUUUACGAGAAUAGCAGAAACUCGACGCCAAGUCUACCUGAAGAGGUGAAACAUAAGAAGAAGUUGAAGACCAAGAAACGAAAGAAGAAGAAGAGCGAGAGAAAGGACCCUAGUUUUACGGAAUACCCCGCACAAAGUAAUCUGGAAUCGACAUAUCCCCCCUAUCAGAAUCCCACUGUGGCACCUUUAACGAUAUCCCUAAGUAAAAUGUCGCCACUCCCAGUGCAGCAAAUCAACAAUGCGCCAUCUACAACGAUGACGCCAGAAAUUUCGAAUAUGCGACAAGAUACCGAUUCGAAUCUACGAGCCUCGAAGAGAAGAAGGGUACCAAAUAAAUUCUACGGUUACUCGAGUGACGAGGAUGCCGAUAAAUCGACCCCGACUUCCUCCAAGUGGAGGAAAACGGAAGCCCAGCUUCCAGUGCACCGGCAAUCUCCGUUAACCGUGCCUCCGAUCACGAUAAAGACGAACGUCGCAUCGUCUAGUUCGAAACAGACCGUGGAACCCAUCACCAUUAGACAGACCGCAAGAUCGGGCGAAUUGCGCGUACACCAGAAACAGCAGCCAAUUGUCCCGACACCGCCCAGAGUGCCGCCCCUGCAGAUCAACACCUCCCUACUGCCCAGAACGGUAUCGGAAGAUAUGGAUUCCGACUCCAACGAAUCCGCCACCGCAGAGGAAGUAGAACCGGAACCGGAACAACCCAAGGUGCCCGUCUAUUGCUACUGCAAGUGCCCCUACGACGAGGUAUCAGAGAUGAUCGGAUGCGACUCUCACGAUUGCGAGAUCGAGUGGUUCCAUUUCGAGUGUGUGGGAAUCAUGGUACCUCCCAAAGGCCAGUGGUUCUGCCCGGAGUGCAGAAAAAAGAAACAGAGACGGGAGUUGAUGAAUUUUUAAUUGACUAUUCGCUUAUACCAAAAUUUAUGUCAUAUUUAUUAGCUCCGCUGAGUUGAUAAACUGUAAGUAUUUGUAACCUAUACAAAAAGUCUUCGAAAAUUUAGAUUGAAUUAAGUCCGUGAGAAGCUUUACAACAAAUUUCUUUGUAAUUAAACUAACAUUAAGUUUUCCGGAACACGGCAAAAAAAAUAAAUACAUAUUAGUAAAAAUUUCGGAUCAUAUCGUUCCAGAAGCAGCUCUAUUAAUGAGAUUACAUACCUAGCUGAAUAAAAUUCAUCUUCAUAAUUUCCGAGAUAUUUUAAAAAUUCAACUUAAUCCUAAUCGUUACAGAAACCUAAUAAAUAUCGAUAUGAAACACAAAUUAUUCAGAGUUAAAUAAAAAUAUCCUAUUCCUUUUGUGAAAGGACACCAUCAGUGUUAUGAUGCUUUUUGAAAGCAAUACUUUUGAGUGUGUUGAAUGAAUUUCAUCAUUUUUCAAUUGAAAAACUGAUGGCUGUAUGAAUUAAAUGAUCUUAAUCCCUCAAACGUCUUUUUUCAUAGAGAUAAAGAUCGUUUAAGAGCUUAAUUUUCGUUUGAUGAAACUGUUCGUACGGCCAUCAGCUGAUUUUCAAUUUGAAAAAUUUCAUAUCAAAAGUUACUAAAAAACCUGCAAACAAAUUAUUAUUCGAAAUCAAAUAUUGUUGUAUUGUAUUCUUGAAGAAAUGGUUUUUUGAUUUCUUGGUAAAACGCUGGCUACAAACAAAAAUUUUGUUAGUAGGCAUUCAUAACUUGAUGUAAUAUAUUAUGUAUUGCUUCAUAAUAUACCUUUGUAAUGUUCCAAUAGAAAUUGGGAAUUUAAUGUUAUUCGCAUAUUGAUACACAUAAAUCUUUACAUAUUUUUUAUUUCACUUUGCAAAUUUGUCGAGUGAUUGGUCUUGCUGAAAUGUAUAUAAGAUGUAAAUAUCGAAUAUUGUAAUUUUCAAAUUUUUAGUUUAUCUUAUUUCCUUUUAAAAAUAGGAAUUUGUGGCCAAAAGUUGUUGAGGAUUAUUAGUUGUAUAUGUGUAAAUAGUUUUCAUCAUUAUUUUCCUUAGAUAUUUGUAGUUUUAGACCUCCGAGACAUUAUUAAUUAUUUCAGUUAUUCGAAUGUAUGUCAAAAUUAUAAAAUAAUAAAGUUGAAGAAUUAUUGUAAAAAAAAA